CCGUCCAGCAUCAGCCAAAAGCUCCUCUCUCUGUAGCCAUGCUUUCUCGCAGUGUGCGCGCUCUCCGUGCAAGCGCAGCGCAGCUUAGCGCGCGUCCGGUCGCCGCCGCAGGCUUCCACUCCUCCAAUAUUGCCGGAAGUAGCUUCGUUCAGCAUCGCGACACGGAGGACAACAACGCAGACACACCGUUCGACUUUACGCCCGAGAACUAUGAUCGUGUGCAUGCUAUCCUCGACCGCUACCCGGAGAACUAUAAGACGUCGGCCAUUAUCCCGCUGCUGGACUUGGCGCAGCGUCAGCACGGUGGCUGGCUGCCUCUUGCUGCCAUGAACAAGGUGGCACGUAUCGUAGACGCUAAGCCCAUCCAGGUGUACGAAGUGGCCACGUUCUACACCAUGUUCAACCGCGAGAAGGUGGGCAAGUACUUUAUCCAGCUCUGUGGCACGACACCCUGCAUGAUCUGCGGAUCCGAGGAGAUCAAGAAGACCAUUGAAAACCACUUGGGUAUCAAGGAAGGAGAGACCACGGAGGACGGCAAGUUCACGCUGCGGGAGGUUGAGUGUCUUGGUGCGUGCUCGAACGCCCCUAUGGUGCAGAUUAACGACGACUUUUACGAAAAUUUGACUGCCGAGACGACGCGUGAGCUGCUGGACGCAUGCAAAAAUGAUGCGCCGCCCUUGAUGAACAAGUGGGGAAGUUUGCCUAUGAACGGCCAGCUGUCGUGCGAGGGCCCGCAGGGUAAGACGACGCUCAAGUGGGACAAGGUUCCCGGACCGGGCUUCCGAAUGCGCCCGGAUGAUGAGCUAAAGCCCAAGGUGAACCCCAAGGACAUCAAGGAAGCCAUGCUGUACUAGAUGUGACUCUGGCUGGAGCACGAAGUGGGUGUUGCCCUUCGCUUUGUGUAGCACUUAUGGUCACUAGGUUGACGCAUUCAUGUAUUUCGGCGGAUCUUGCUGGCUUGGCGACGAACGGAGGGCCUUUAACUCUCACAAUAACAAGAGAAAAAGAAUAAACGGUGAAUGCUCAAAAGAA